GCGUCCUCCGCCAGCCCUCUUGCAUAAUGAUGUCCAUGUCCCAUACCACCAGAAUUCGGCGAAGUUACUCAUACCGACCAUUCUUGCAGAGUCCUGUCCGUCCCUUACACCACCAGAAGUUGGCGAAGCUGCUCACUCCAACCAUCCUUGCAGCAGAUUUCGAUCCCAUGCCCACGGAGGUUACUCUUCUAGCACGUCUUGGGAAUGGACUAGUUAGAAGGAAAAGAGACACGUGCCUUUUGGACAGUCGCAUUAGGGCCGCGUAUCUUGCAAGCAGCUUCCAGUUUUUGGGUGCUUAAGAUGUGUUGAAUCCUGUUUGUAGGCAGUUAAUGGCUACUGAGAAUGUUAAGCUGCUGUGCGUACUUGGGUUUCUGUUCUAGAGUUAAGUUUCUGAAGUGAAGUUGUAUAAGUCCAGAGUGUUGUGAUCAGUGGAGGUGCUCCACUGUUGCUACUGGGUUCGUAGGAGCCCUCACCUCUUCUCCUCGUGCAAGUGUGGGUGGUGUGCAGAGCGUCAACACCGCGUCUCUGGUUGGAUUAUUAUGAGUGCCGAGAAAACCGUCUGCAAGGUGGCAGCUAGUUUAACUUUCCUUUUCUCCUUUCCUCGUUGGGUUCUUUAUUUUUGUUGAAUCCACUGGGAGGACUGUGAACUUUCAUCAACUGUUCUCGAGCAACAAAUAUUCAGUGCCUUUUUCUGCGGUUUCUGGCAUAUUAGUUGCAUUUCAAGUAUGGAGAACAAAGAUGAUCAUCCACAUGGCAAUGGAAACGGCAUCCACCAUGACGAGAACAUUGUGAUUGUGGGUGGCGGUAUUGGAGGCCUUGCUUGUGCCGUGGCUCUUCACAAAGUCGGCCUGAAGGCUGUUGUGUUGGAGCAAGCAAAUACAUUGAGAUCCGGGGGUAUUUCCAUCACUCUGUGGGCUAACGCAUUCCGCGUUCUCGAUGUUCUUGGUGUGGGUGAAAAAUUCCGAACCAUGUACACCAACAUUCAGGAAUGGAAGAUAAUGAAUGCAAGUGCAAAGCCCUUGGGAAAAUUGGUGUUAGCUGAAUGUGAAGGAGGACCACACGAUGUCCGGGCUGUAGAAAGACAAGUUCUGCUUGAAACUUUUGCCGGGGAGUUGCCAGAAGGGACCAUUCGAUUCAACUCACGAGUUACUGGAAUCAAACAAUCAGAAAGACAAACGGGUUUAACUGAAGUAGAGCUUCAGGAUGGCACUGUCUACUCCGCAAAGGUUAUAAUCGGGUUUGAUGGCCAAAAAUCCGUCGUAGGAUCUUGGAUGGGACUUGAGAAUGCACAAGCAGUAGGUCAAGUAGCGAUUCGAGGAAUGGCAAUGAUUCCAAAUGGCCACAAGCUUGAACCUAAUGUGAACUACUUCUUAGGAAAAGGAACCAGUAGCGCAUUUUUGCCCGUGAACACCACCAAAGCUUAUUGGUUUAUCAUCAAGAACCAAUCCGAAACAGGCUUUGGGGACACCCCUCCCGAGCAGGUGAAAGAAGAGGCACUGCAGUUCUCUAAAACUUUCCAAUCACCCGAUCUCCAUUUUCUCAUCAACAACACGUCUGUGGAGAAUCUCUGGAAGGGCAGCAUCCGCCACCGCCUGAACAAAACUACAGACCACCUAGUUAAGGGCAAUGUAACAGUUGCAGGAGAUGCCUGUCAUCCUACUGCUCCCUACAUGGGGCAAGGAGGAGGCAUGGCUUUAGAAGACGCCAUUAUUCUCACCCAGAAGCUUUAUCAUGCCCUGAGGGAAGCUCCAGACACUGCAGGUUCUCAAGGGGCAGAGGUGGCAGGAGAAGCAGACGAAGAAAGGAUUCAUCAAGCUCUGGUGGAAUUUCAGCAUGAGAGAUAUUCCAGGACUUAUUCAAUCACAUUAAAGUCGCACCAGAUUGGGCAGGCGAAUAAUUCAGGUUGGGCAGUGAUGGACUUCUACAGAGACUGGUUUCUUGUCAAAAAGUCCUUGAACAAGGAGACAUUUAUGCUUCCUGCUCAAUUUUAUGUUGAAGAAUUGCCCGGAAAUUCUAUAGUUAGUAGUGUUAAAAAUACUUUGUAUUAGUAUACAUUUCACAUUGAUAUGUCCGUUUAAUACAUCUCGUUUUGUAGAAUGGAAAAAUCAAUUAUAUAUAUGUUAAAUUUCACAUGGUAUCGUUAUAAAAUUAAUAUUAAAAGA